UUUAUUUAUUUUUAAUAGUUUCCAUUUGAUAGAAUUAACAUGUAUACAGAAAUAAAGAAGGCAUAUUUUUUUAAAAACAGAAAGCUUCUUUAUUCAUAGUGAAAGAAAAAUUACACAGCUGUAAAUUUCCUGUUGGACGAAUCAAAAUUGUGACAGUUUGAAGCAUUUGAGUGUCAGCGAUGUCUUCAGAGCAAAUAGCGUUUUCCUGGAUGUUGUUAUGGAGGCUGAAGAGGACCUGGUGGAAGGUCUUGUUGUCGGUCCUUCUCUUGUGCACCGCGUUCUGCUUCCCUGUCGCUACCAAGAACUACUUUGGCAUGUUACACAAGAAAGAAACCCUGCUGACUCAACCGGCCAACUACAGUGAGCUUUUAAAUCACAGCAAACACAAAUUCGACAUACUGUACUCGCCGAUGAGUCAGAAAGUGGAGGGCAUUAUGACUGAAUUCAGGGCCAUCUUUCCAAACACGUUGAUAAAUAGUAUUUCAGGUUUACAAAAUGAACACGAAGUGCACAAGUUGUUUUCUUGGAAAUAUAAAACGAAUGAAAAUGCCAAUAAGGGGUUUGGAGUGAUAUUUACAGACGUUGACAAUAAGACUUUGCAUUACACACUCCGAAGUACAGAUUCAGACUUGUGGCUCACAAAUAAAAAAUUCUCCCAUUUAAUGUUUCCCGGACCAUGUAGUUCAGGAAAAAUGUAUUUCACUGAGGGGUUCAUCGGAGUCCAAAUAGGGAUUAAUUUGGGCUAUAUGAAAUACUAUAAGAAACCUAUAAAUGAGUGGUACAUUCAAGAAUUUCCUUAUCCGGCACAUGUGGAAAACAAACACUUGGAAUUUAUCAAUUUUUACAUUGUAACAAUAGCAUUUAGCAUUGGCAUGAUACCGAUAUCAAUAUGGUUGAUAUUCUCAGUGUUCAAUGAAAAAAACAAAGGGGCAAAUGGGCUGAUUAAAUCAAAAGGUGGCAAGAGCUGGAUGAUCUCUGGAACAGUGUUCAUUUUUUUUUACAGUCAGGUAGUCGUCGCUGUAACAAUCUCCUGCGUAGUGAUGUUCAUACAUUUCAGAAACGGGCCAGUCUUCAGUCAUUCUAUCCCCCUAGUAGUAUGGAGUUUUUUUAUGUCUUACGGAUCUGUCAGUCUGUGCUAUGCAUAUUUCUGCACUGCAUUGUUUAACAAAACCACUUAUGCUCUUUUGUUUUUCACAAUUUGUAAAUCAAUACCUCUCUCUGUGUUUAUAAUAUUUAAAAGUAAGAUAAUAUUUUUGGAAUACAUGCUUAUUAUGAUACCGGACUUUGCUUUACUACAAGGAAACAAACUCGCUACUAUAUACGAAGCAUCGGGAGUAGGCUUGCGACUUGCAAAUAUAUUUGAAUUUAUUCCCGGCUUAGAAAUCUCUUUUGUCUCUAUUAUUUUUGUCAUGCUUGUAGUUGGCUUUGUUUUAAGUUUGUUAACACUCUAUUUGAGCGAAAUAAUGCCCGGACAAUUCGAAGUUCCAAAGCCUUGGCACUUUAUAAUACCAGAAAAAGUAAAAACUUUAUUGAUAAAAGAUAAAAUUGACAUAUCCCUCCUUGUAAUGGAUCUGCCUACAAACUAUCAUGUAGAAGAGGCAACGUCUUUCUCUGUAGGAAUCCAGCUUUACAACAUAACAAAAGUUUACGGGGUGUUCAAAGCAGUGAACAGCAUAACGAUGAACAUAUACAAGGACCAAAUAACUGCUGUUUUGGGGCAUAACGGAGCUGGAAAGACAACCUUGAUGAACAUCCUCACUGGGAUGACGCUACCGAAUUCAGGCUUUGUCGUGGUGGACGGCGUUAAUGUGAACUUAUGGAAAACGGAAUAUAGGAAAAAAUUCAGCUACUGCCCCCAGAAGAAUCUUGUCUUGCACAGUCUCUCUGUCAAAGAGCAGAUAAUUUUUUUUGGAAUAGUAAGUCCUUUCAACAGGAAAGAAAAAAAAAUUCAAAGCACAUUAUUACAAAUUUAUGCUCUGAGAAAAGUUGUAAUGAGUGGCUUGUCAAAAGAUGUCGCAGAAGCCAAUGGGUCUCAAUUAAUGGAGAAACUUGAUUUGGCCAAACAAAAAAACUUACUUCCUAAUCGUUUGCCAGAAGGAGUAAGACGCAAACUUGCUCUUGCCAAUGCUCUUAUAAGUAAUCCUCGUAUACUAUACCUUGAUGAACCGACUACAGGUCUUGAUCCUAAGUCUAGAAGACAAAUUUGGGAUAUUUUAAUAAGUUUUAAAGGAGAAAAGACAAUUAUUAUAACUACUCAUAUCAUGGAGGAAGCUGAUGUCCUGGGGGACCGCAUCGCAAUAAUGGCCCAUGGUGAGCUCAGAUGCUACGGUACAACAUUUUUCCUGAAGAAGCUAUUUAGCGCAGGGCAUAUGAUUUCGGUAUAUUACCUGAGGCGAAAGUAUCACCGUAAGAUCGUGCAACUUUUAAAACAAUACUCAGAUGUGACGAUAAUCGAGAAUAAGGAUUUCAAGCAAAUCUCCUUCAACAUUCCUUUGGAAACGACUUCAAAGCUGUCUGGAAUCUUAAGACGUAUUGAAAAUUCCAAACAGUUCAAAAUCACCAGAAUUGGCAUAUCGUCUACAUCAUUGGAAGAUAUAUUUGUGAGAAUUUCAAAAAAUGAAGGACUUACGUCAAUAGUUGAAAGGAGUGAUUUUGACAAGAUGUGCCAUAAACAAACGACUAUUGGAAAAUCUGCAAAGUGUUGGCAGCAGUAUUACGCGCUAUUUUAUAAAAAACUACGUCACCUGAGAUCAAACUGGGUCUUAAUGAUUGUUAUGCUUUACUUAAUACCUGGUAUAUAUAGUUUGUUUUGUAUGACAAUAGUAAAAAUAUACUUUGGUUACCAUUUUACUGUAAAUCCAUUCAUAUUAUCACUUGAAAAUUAUGAACAGUCCAAUGUUCUUGCAAGACUUGAUAAACAUAAUUACACUGAGGAUUCAUUUUUACAUACGAUGAAGCAAAGUACAGAUGUGCAAAUCACAACAAAUGAUAUCGUCACUGAACUGCUAAAAGCAGCAAAAUAUGAUGAAACUAAGUAUAGAAGUUCAAUGAUAAUUGCUGCUGAUUUCCUUGAAAAUUUUACGGUCUUUUAUUCAUCGUUUGCCAUUCAUGCGCCUGCCAUUGCUGUCAAUGUACUUUUCAAUGUGCUUACAAAUUCAAGUAUCCAAGCAAUCAACUAUCCAUAUCCAUUUCAUUUGGAGUCUUGUGACCCUUCAUCUUCGCAAGGCCUGCAACUGGCCACCAUAUGGAUAUGCUUUGGAAUAUGCUUGGCGAUAUGUCUAUCUUAUUUUUGCAUUUAUACAUUGGUCGAGCGUAAAACAGGCGUGAAGCACCUGCAGUACAUGAUGGGCAUAACACCGCUCACCUAUUGGUCAUUCCAAUUGUUAUUCGACUUUAUGAAAUUCAGCAUUACUGUCUUCUUGUUUGUAUUGGCUGUCUACCUUUACAAUGAGGGCAUAUUUCAAACUUUCAACUUUUUAAGUGUACUCAUCAUUGCGUUAUUUUUAUUUGGAACAUGUAUGAUUCUUCUGUGUUAUGCUAGCUCGUUUUUCUUUAAGAAUUACAGUCUGGCACAAAUUUGGGUGUCUGGGGUUGUGCUGUUGUUUGCACCUGGUCCGGUGGUCAUGGAUUGGUUGACAAAUUACAAUAGUGUCGCACAUUAUUUAUUUCAUUUUUCCCCCCUGACAGCCUUCCUUGAAGUGAUAUGGCAAACGAUGAAAAUCGCAAGACUUAAAACUAUUUGUUCAAUAUGCUCGACGGAAUCUUUAAGAGAUGUUUGUAAAGAAGUCAAAGAACCACCGCUUCUCACAUUUAACAUAAAAACACUAAUUAUUUGGCUUAUCGUCGAUUGCAUCCUUUACUUCUGUCUCCUCAUGCUCUUGGACUCCCACUACUUAAGAGCAUUUGUCUCUCGAAAGCAAGGGUUUAAAUUAGAAAGUGUUACCAGUAUGGACAGCGAUGUAAUGUUUGAGAGACAAAAAGUUGAAGGAAAAAUGCCCAUACAAACAAAAAGAAAGACAAGCACUCCUGAUCAGAAAGAAAACAUGGCGAGUUUAGAACAUUUUGCCAAAUUCAAUGCAUUCGAUGAUAAAAAAUCACCGAAAGGAGGAGUAAAAAGUGACUUGGCCCAUGAAAAUAUCAUGAAGCAGACAUCUCCAGAAUUGCUUAAAGUAGAUAUAGAAAAGAACUUGGGACUUGCAAAUUUCAAGAAAACAUCACCGGAGAGCCUAAAAAAUAAUGAUCCAAGCUUAAAUCCAACAGUUACAUCUAAUAAUGCAAUAGAAAGCAAUUUGGGCCUUUCCAAUUUCAAGAAACAGACACCUCCUGAAGUUGUUAAAAAUAAACAUCCAAGCUUAACUCCAACGGACAUACUCAACGAUACAAUAGAAGGCAAUAGUCUAACUACAAAUCAGCAACCUUUGAAAAUAAUACAAGAAAAAGAGAGAUCAACUUCCAUUAACACAUUUAACAACAUGGGAAAAGAAAGUAACAAUUUAGGGCUUGUAAGAAGCAAUACUCAGACCUUUAUGGAUGUGCCAAAAGUAAACUGGCUUAUGAGGGAUUCUUUAGACUUGCAAUAUAUUGCAAAAGAAAAUAACUUGGGAAUUGCGAGCCCAGUGAAUCCGAUUCCAGAUGUCAUGAUAGAUAAAUGGCCUAGUUUAAAACCAACAAUUAUAUCGAAUAAAUUAACAACAGAAAAAUUGGCGAGUACAACCAAUGACCCAUCGGCAAAUGCCCAUGAUAAUAGAAAACAGUCGGGUACAAAGACAGGUGAAACUAACACAGGAACAAGCAAGAGCAACGUUGAACAAAUAACUGGAACCCAACCAUCAGAAGAUUUAGUAACAUCGUCAGAUCCAUCUAGAAUGUUACACAAUACAAUAAAGGUUUCACCUAACCCUUCUAAAAGUUCACAUGGUUCACAUUCCAGUAAUCUGGAAAAACCUUUAGUGAUGGUAGUCGACAAUUUGGGGAAGAAGUAUUCUGCACAAACAACAGCGGUUUAUGAUGUCAGCUUUACAUGCCUGAAGGGUGACUGCUUGGGAAUAGUCGGACCUCACGGGGCCGGUAAAUCCACACUGUUUAUGAUGAUCACCGGUUUGAUAACACCAACCAAAGGCGAUGUAAGACUAUAUUUGGCAAGCAGAUCUCUCAGCAUAUCUGAAAACAGAAGAGAGUUUCUCUCAUACCUUGGCUACUGUCCUCAAAUCGACAGCCUCAGCAUAGAACUAACUGGGAGAGAGAUACUCAAAUUUUUUGCCCUCCUCAGAGGUAUACCAAUCAGAGAGGUUGAACAAGUUACAAAUGCCUGGAUCAAGAACUUAGAUUUGCAACUGUACGGUGAUAAAUUGUGUGGCCAGUAUAGCAAUGGAAAUAAACGAAAGCUGUGCACAGCUUUGUCUCUAAUUGGAAAUCCAUAUGUAGUCCUCCUCGAUGAGCCUACAAGUGGCAUUGAUACUGUCACGAAAAAAAAACUGUGGGUUCUUUUCAAAUACUUUCAAUCCUUGGAUGAAACCUUAGUUUUAAACACGCACAGCAUGGAGGAAUGCGAAGUUAUUUGCAACAAGAUAACUGUGAUGAUUAACGGCACUUUGAAAUGCAUUGGUAGCAUGCAACAUUUAAAAAACAAAUACACGCAUGGUUUUACUCUAUACAUUAAAAUCAACAAUAUUCAAACUUCAAUAAAACUUCCGUUUCUGAAAUCAAGUUUAACAAAUGUUUUCAAAGAAAACUGUCAACUCAAAUAUGAGGGCGAGGGUUUUCUACACUAUCAUGUGAAUAAUGACAAUUUAAAAUGCUACGAAUUGUUUGAAAAGAUGGAAUCUAUCAAAAGCUCAUGUGAUCUUAUUGAUGAAUAUACGAUCAGUGAUACAAACUUGGAAAAAGUAUUUAUAGACCUAGCUAAUGAAGGGGACAAAUAAUAAAAAAUAUUUUAAAAAAUUUUGGUACUCUUUAAUGACAAUAUUUAACCAAAUGUUCGAAGAUAAGACAUACCAGACAGACAAGACAGAUAAAACAUCACACACCGAGGA